ACAAAGACGCGACUGGACCCGAGUGUAGCCAUUGCCACACGCGAAAUACUUCGGUAUGGAGGCGGAGCAAGACGGGGGAACAGCUGUGCAAUGCUUGUGGAGUAUACCUGCGACUAAGGGGGAGGGAAAGGCCGCUAUCGCUGAAGAGAAACAAGAUCAAGCCUCGCUCUAAACACAAGGAUACAGGGUCGAUUUCGCCAAAGUGAAAUGAAAAGCCGUGUUAAAUUAUUUCAAGUUCAAUGUAUUCUGCUGCGUCUGGUUUUUUUUAAUUAUAUUACUGUGUGGCUCAUUGCUAGCUACGAUGGGCAGACUACGAUUAAUGUCGUCUAUGGUAGAUUGAAUGAUGCACCGCGUUCCCCGGCCUUUCAUUGCCUUUUCCCAUGGACUCGGAAAAUUACACUGUGUAGUAGACCAGAAACGGUUGGGACAAUUGCAUCACGACCCCCAUCACCCGCGACUGCCAAUGCCAAUGCUCUGCCAAUCAACUUGAGUUGGAGACCGUGGGCGGAUCAUAGGCUAUAUGCGGACAUAAUAGACAAUGGCUAUAGUUCCAGGCACGUCUACCUUAUGGAUUUGACAACGGUGAGAGUGGCAGCAUUGGAUUGUCACAAAUUCCGGAAAUCUUUGUACAAUUUGAACGACAGGAUCCAUCGCUUGCAUCACACGGCCGGGCAAUUUACAAUGAGAGGAGGAACAAUGACAAUGUUGGAAGAUUUUCUGCCGACGAGCGUAUAGUAACGAAGACCCAGACUAAAGGCAGAGGCUAGCCGCGGUAAGGGCCAGCGGCGGUGGUCACGGUGCA